CAAAUUUGCAAGACUAUCAAAAAAAAAAAAAAAGGACAUGUAGAUCAGGGAAAGAGGACCCCUGGGUUCUAUCCCCAGACAGUAAUAAAUAUUAAUUAAUUUUAAAUAGAUCAGUAAUAUUAGAAGCAAUAAUUAAACGAGCAUUGCUAUGGAACAGGCACUGUUAUAAAGAAUCCUGCUGUAUAACAUAUAUGGCAUUUUACAUCCACUUCAAAGAAGAGAAACAGGCACAGCAGGCGUGGAACAUUUCUGGAGAGGGAGGGAUUUGGUCAAGUUUGGGAGGAAAGACUGGAGCGAGGACGGAGUGAUGAAGCGGACCCAUGAUCCAGAAGGGAAGGUUCGGUCCUCGUGUCAGUGCAGCGCUAGCCGAAGAAGUCAUAGGAAGCGCUAACACCUCGAGGACCCCAGCAGCCCCGCCCCGCCCUUCGUCUCCAUGGCAACAGCCUCUGCACAUGCGCCUCGGGCUCCAUCCCUGGGCCGGCGGCGCUUACCAAAGCCGACGCAGGCCAGGCGGAAGCGGGCGUCGGGAGCUAGGCUAGGCGGUGGAGCGCAGCGCGGGCUUUUAAAGGGACCAUCUCCACCGCAGUCGAUUUCAUGGCGGGCACUGCUGACGGUGAAGGCUGGGUAGCCCGGGGAGUCGGGAUCGAGGAGGUAGAGGAGAGGCAGGUCUGUGUGAACUCCCCUCACUAAAGCGUCAUGACCAGACCAGCGCACGGCUCCGUGAUUGUCCCAGACUGGCACGAGACAGCCGAGGGCAAGGAGUACUUGGCCUGCAUCCUGCGCAAGAACCGCCGGCGGUUGUUUGGGCUGCUUGAGCGGCCGCUGCUGUCCCCACCUGUGGCCAUUGACACUGCCAGCUACAAGAUCUUCGUGUCUGGGAAGAGUGGUGUGGGCAAGACGGCACUGGUAGCCAAGCUGGCUGGACUGGAGGUGCCUGUGGUGCACCACGAGACCCCCGGCAUCCAGACCACUGUGGUGUUCUGGCCAGCCAAGCUGCAGGCCAGCAGCCGGGUUGUCAUGUUCCGCUUCGAGUUCUGGGACUGCGGGGAGUCUUCGCUCAGAAAGUUCGACCACAUGCUGCCGGCUUGCAAGGAGAACGCAGACGCCUUCCUCUUCCUCUUCUCCUUCACCGACCGUGCCUCCUUUGAAGACCUGCCUGGGCAGCUGGCCCGCAUUGCAGGCGAGGCCCCUGGUGUGGUCAGGAUGGUCAUUGGCUCCAAAUUCGACCAGUACAUGCACACUGAUGUGCCUGAGCGGGACCUCACCACCUUCCGGCAGGCCUGGGAGCUGCCCCUGCUUCGGGUGAAGAGCGUGCCAGGCCGGCGGCUGGUGGAUGGGUGCACACUGGACGGCCGGGCUGGGUUGGCUGACAUUGCCCAUGUGCUCAAUGGCCUCGCUGAGCAGCUGUGGCACCAGGACCAGGUGGCAGCCGGCCUGCAUCCCACCCCUGCAGAGAAGACCCCUGGCUAAGAGGUGGUGGGAUCAUGAGUACACACCUGUGGCUUCCACGCCCAACCCUUAGGUGACCCAGGACUGAGGGAAGGACCUGGGGCCUGACCCAGGGCAGGCACAUGGGUCCCACCCUGAGACCUAUCGGGCAAGGGUCUGGUCCCAGAAGUGUCUUCCUGAAGGAAUACAUGGCAGUGAGAUGGCGACACAGGGCUCCAGGACACGGCUCCAGAGUCCAGAUGUUUCCCCACCUCUCGCUGCCCUUUCUCCUUCUGCAGCACCCAUGGAGGGUGAUGGAGGCUCAGCAGCUCCCUGGAUCUCGGGCAACUUCGACAAAGCCUUAUUAGUUGAGGUGACACCAUCCAUUCUGUCAGAUAAAUCCUGGAAACCCA